GAGCGCAGGACUACUUGUGUUUAACUAAUCAAAGACAGUAAUGGAAUGCUGACGUUUUUUAUCGUUCGUCACUCUGUUGAAGUCUUCUGGCUCUCAUUGGAUAUCGGUUACAAAAAAUAUCAGACUAGAAUGCUCUUCUAAAAUCACAGAUUGUCAUCUCCUCCUCCUCUCAGAGAGGAGAGAGGAACAGCAAAAGAAAAUAUAAAGAGCGUGCUUUUAAAUUAACAAGAGACGUGUAUAUUCCCUCUGUGUUUAGGGUUUCUACUCUCUCACUUUUCUUCUUCUGUAAUCAAUCUCUAUUACCUGUACUUGCAUUUUCGAGACCCACACAUUCCUUUUUUUAAUAUAGAAAAUUCGCUGAUUUCUCUUCGAAUUAAAGGUUAUCUCAUCGGUUAAUUGUCUCUGCAGAUUCGAGAUACAUAAAUUGUAUUUUAGGAUCAAUGGUAUGCUCAAUUGGAAAUGGGAGAAUGGCAGUCAUGGCUAGGCUUCUGGUGGCUGGGAGUUUGUCACAAAAUAUUGCAGAGGAGGUUAGCCAGCAGAAAUUUGUCACUCGAUAUAUUUGUAGAGAAUUACAUGAAUCGGAUGAACCAAAUUUACUUGAUGAAGAAGACAUGCAUGUUUUUGGUUUGAUGCCUAUGACUGACCCUUUGGACCUGGUAUGUUGCAAUGCUUGUAAGAAGCCAGUGAUGGCUAGCCAAUACGCAGCCCAUGCAGAGCUUUGCAGGCUUUUAAACUCUGCUGAAGAAUUGACCUUGGAGCUUGAUGGCGGCACAGGAUGCAGGAAACCUCCAAGGAAGGAGAGGAAAAAGUUAUUAACUGCCUAUUCUAACCAAGCUACAUCAGUUGGGGAACGAGAAAGGUCUGAAUCCAUAGUUGCAGAUGAUUCUGUUGCAUCAGAAUCGCAUUUGGAUGGGCAACCUAGAGUGCCUUCUUGCUUCUCCCUGGAUAAAAAAAGAAAUUCUGCUUCCGUAGAUGUUGCAUCAAUGAUGGAUGGUGAAGGAGUGAUUCCUGGGAAUACAGACUACUCAGCAUGUGCAAUGCCACCUCCAACAAAACGCUAUAAAUUCCUAUCAACUGAGCACCGACUUCUAUCAGAUGAUCCAGAAACAGCUUCUGGCUUAGCAAAAGUUACUAGCACUGUGGAUCCAUUUACCUACAUUCCAGUUCCCCUUGCUACCAAGGUUUAUUACUCUCAAAGAAACACUCAUCUACGGUCAGCAGUCGCUUAUCUGCACCAUGCAGCAUCUUCCGAGGGGCUUCAGAAUAACAUGAUGAGUUCAGGAAUAUCACAGGAAAGCAUAAUGCAACUACAGGCUUUGUCUCAGAGGGGUUCUUUCGAUGCACAAACAGAUUGCCUGACCAAAGAAAAGAGAGAUCCUUCUGUGCAUCAACCAGAUCAAAUUCUCGCACGAAGCUCAGAGACGUGUGUGGAUAAAUCUGGAGGAUGUCCACCAUUGACUAACUUCUCAAAUCAGUGUCCUGUUGAUAACAUUCAAAUACCCCAGACUGCUUCAAUUGGAAUGCUCAGAAGCAAAUAUCUUCCAAAGCCAUAUUCUUUUGCAGGAAAGCCAGGUCAAUCACUUGGAACGAUGCGGCAACCAAGUGGAACUGUCCCUGUUUUGUAGAAGCCCAUGCGGGAAUUUUGGCUAGGCAAAUAUGUAUUUAAUACCAAAUGUGAGGUUAGGAUCCCUUUUUGAAACCACAAGCAAAUCACCGCAAUUGUUCAUUCUAGCCUUCUGUGUCAUAUUUGACAUCUGACUACUGUUUAUACUUGAAUAGAAUUUUUUUAAAAAAAAAAAAUCUUCAUAGUCACAGUUGUAGACUUGAAGUGCCUUGAUAGUGCAAAUUCACGUUGUUUCCUUAAUCUUGGUCCUCCUGGAUGUUUUUCACCUUGUGAUGAUGAUUUUGUUCGUUUCUCUGAAUCUCCUGAGUUUUCAUGAGAUCAAAUGUUGCAACUACAUGUGCUUAUCUGCGUUCCAAGAUCCUGAUGAGAGAUGCUUGUAGUUAUCCAAUCAGUGCCGUGUGAAAUGAGGAGCCGCAAAUUGUGUCCUGCCAGGAAAUUCUUCUCGUGUCGACAUUAAUAGUUUUAAAAUUGACAUUUUGUUACUGUACUACUCCACAUCACACUCGAAUGCAAAAAGACGUCGUUUUCGUGAUGGCUAUUGGGAGCAUGGUGAUGGGGAGGGGGCACUUGUUGCCUCAAUUCAAAGAGAAAUGAAGGAGUUUCUAACGAGCAGGAUGCGGUAAGUUGAUUCCAGCAUACGCUUAUGAUGGAGAUGCAGUAGCAAUGGACUAAUUGCGAUUAGGGAGAGAUUUGGACAGCCUUGUGGAUUUUCUGUGGGUAAUUAGUAGUCUUAAGCCUUGCAUAAUUGUCAAGUAUUUUCUUGUUCACUAUAAAAUAUCUGCUCAUAUUGAUAGUGUGGCUGGCCACCAUGGCCUACCACAUCGCUGCAACUGGAUGAAUCAUUGUCUUUUAUGGAAGACUUUAUCAUCCGAUGAUGACGAAGAUAGCUACUUCGCACACCAAAA